AUGGGCGCGAUGAGCGGCGCCAUGGAGUGGCACGCGUGGCUGUCGUCGGCGCGGCUGGAGCCGGCGCUGGUGCACGAGUACGCGCUGGUGCUGGCGCGCAACGAGCUGGAGGCCGGCGACGCCGCCUACUUCGACCACGACUUCCUCCGCAGCAUGGGCAUCGACGUCGCCAAGCACCGCCUCGAGAUCCUCAAGCUCGCGCGCCCCGGCCCCGGCCCCGCCCCCGGAGAGCGGGGCCGCCGUGGUACGUCCUCCUCCGCCGCGUCGCUCUCGGGCCUCGUGGCCGCCGUCGGCCGCGCCGCCAGGUACGUGCGCGCGCUCGUCCGCCUCCGCGGGGAGCCGUCGUCGUCGUCCACGGCGCUCGUGCUGGUCCCGAGCCAGCAGCAGCCGGACGGCCACGUCGACGUGGGCCGCUCGAGCUUCGGCCACUGCAAGGCGCCGAAGCGGACCAGGUCCAUGCCCAAGGCGCCAGGUACGACGUGCGCGCGCUCGUCCGCGGCGAGGGCCACGCGCCCGGCCGGCGGGUGCAGGGGCGCCGCGACGGUGCACGCCAUGAGGGACGCCGAGAGCGGCGGCGGCGGCGACGAGACGGUCCAGUGGGAAUGCCUGUUCCAGGACCUCAACCCCAACUGA